UAGUCGGCGAGUGGAUUUAAUUCCGUAAAAAACGUUUAAACGUAGCGGACGCGUUCAGCGGACAAAAAUAAAACACGGAGAGCGAACGACGACGACGCGUUGUACAAAACUCAGAAAGAAACUCAAAAACUCAAACACUCGAGCGAGGAGAAGAGCAGAAAAUUGUCAUUGAAAAUUGCAGAAAAAUCGCGAAAAGCCACAGAACAGAAAAACGGAAAACGGAAAACUGCAAACUGCAAACUGAAAACAACAACGCGAGUGUGUAAAUAUACAAAAUAUAUUUGUUGUACCAUUUUUUUUUUUGGCGUGUGUGAGUGAGCGGAAAAAAGAAUGGAUCGGGAGCUGAACGGCGCGAUGAGGAGCGUGUCCAUAAAUAGCGCCCAACAGAAUGGUCACAAUAACGGCGUUGGCGGCGGUACAGAUGAAACGGACCGCGUGGGCGUGGCAAGGGGAGGCGUGAUCGAGGCGGUACUGAGUGCAAGCAAAACUACAAAUGCAGCAGCAACGGCGGCGGCAGCGGCGACGGCGGCGGCGGCGGCGGCGGCGGAUACUACAAAUGCAGCGACAAAAUUAACAACACACAGUCCGCAGCAAAUUGCACUCUUAUCCGCUGUAGAGAAAAAGAAGAUGGUGCACGAGUUAUGUCAGCAGCUGCUCUUAACGGACGAACAGGUUCAGGAGCUGUGCUACCGCAUCCUGCACGAGCUGCGACGCGGCCUGGCCAAGGACACGAACCCGAAGGCGAAUGUCAAGUGCUUUGUAACGUACGUGCAGGACCUGCCGAACGGCAAUGAGCGUGGCAAGUUCCUGGCCUUGGACCUGGGCGGCACCAACUUCCGGGUGCUGCUCAUCCAUCUGCAGGAGAACAACGACUUUCAGAUGGAGUCGCGCAUCUAUGCCAUACCGCAGCACAUCAUGAUUGGGUCGGGACUGCAGCUCUUCGAUCAUAUCGCCGAGUGUCUAUCGAACUUCAUGGCCGAGCACAAUGUGUACAAGGAGCGCCUGCCGCUGGGCUUCACCUUCUCGUUCCCCCUGCGCCAACUGGGCCUGACCAAGGGUCUGCUGGAGACCUGGACCAAGGGCUUCAACUGUGCCGGCGUGGUCAACGAGGAUGUCGUCCAGCUGCUGAAGGAUGCCAUCGCCCGCCGGGGCGAUGUGCAGAUCGAUGUGUGCGCCAUCCUCAACGACACCACCGGCACGCUGAUGAGCUGCGCCUGGAAGAACCACAACUGCAAGAUCGGCCUGAUCGUGGGCACCGGGGCCAAUGCCUGCUAUAUGGAGCGCGUGGAGGAGGCGGAACUCUUUGUCGCCGAGGAUCCGCGCAAGAAGCAUGUCCUGAUCAACACGGAAUGGGGCGCCUUCGGCGACAACGGCGCCCUCGACUUUGUGCGCACCGAGUUCGAUCGCGACAUCGAUGUGCACAGCAUCAAUCCGGGCAAGCAGACCUUCGAGAAGAUGAUAUCCGGCAUGUACAUGGGCGAGCUGGUGCGUCUGGUGCUGGUGAAGAUGACCCAGGCGGGCAUACUGUUCAACGGCCAGGACUCGGAGGUGCUCAACACGCGCGGCCUGUUCUUCACCAAGUAUGUGAGCGAAAUCGAGGCCGAUGAGCCGGGCACCUUCACCAACUGCCGCCUGGUGCUGGAGGAACUGGGCCUGACCAAUGCCACCGACGGCGACUGCGCCAAUGUGCGCUACAUCUGCGAGUGUGUGUCGAAGAGGGCCGCCCAUUUGGUGUCCGCCGGCAUAGCCACGCUGAUCAACAAAAUGGACGAGCCGACGGUGACGGUGGGCAUCGAUGGCAGUGUCUAUCGCUUCCAUCCCAAGUUCCACAAUCUGAUGGUGGAGAAGAUCUCGCAGCUGGUCAAGCCGGGCAUCACCUUUGACCUCAUGCUGUCCGAGGACGGUUCGGGACGUGGAGCGGCCUUGGUGGCCGCCGUCGCCUGUCGCGAAGACAUCCUCAAUAGCAAGAAGUAAGACCUGAAUCUGGAGGAGCCAGGUGGAGGAUGACGAACCAGGAGGAGGAGCAGCCGCCGGAGCAGCUGAAGCAGUCCUAAGAGCAACACACACACACACCCACACAACAGCAGAGCAAAAAACACCUAGUAAACGGCCACGGUGGCGUAUGCGUAAUUACAGUAGAGCCUCGCUAACUCACAAGGGCCCUGCCAAAAAAAAAAUAAUAACAAGCUGCCACAAAGAAAACGGAAUCGAAAAGCUCCCCCCCCCCAAAAAAAAAAUAAAAAUUUGGGGCCUUUUUGAGUUAGCGCGGCUUGGCUUUAGUAUUUUAAUUAGGCAGAAAACCAAGUUUUUAACAGAAAAAGCCCCCACUAAGAGACAGAAGAUCUGUGGCAUUCUAUCUCUUUCUCUCCUAGUUCAAACAAAAAAAAAAAGAAGAAAUACGAAAGACACUAUUCUUAAUGAUUAUGGAUCGAUUUUCGAUUUUUGUUGAAGAUUUGUUAUGCUAUUAUAUAUAUAUAUAUAAUAUAUUUUACAAAACCAUAAUAUACACACACACACAAACAACAUAAUGUAUGUAUAUGUUUGCGUAUAUAUAGUACAAUUUGUGAAGCGAAUUUCUUUUAGAUUUCGAUUGAGGCAACAAAUUUUUUGGCGAUUCCCCGCCCAAAGAACCCCUCAAAAUAACCCUCUACAAAAACAAAAAAAAACGAAAAAAAACAAAAAACGGAGAUACUUAAGAGCAAGCGAGAGAAGAAACUGUUAUACUACUGUGCUACAAGCAUUCUAGCAUAUCCUGCAGGACAAACGGAAAGAGAAACUGUAAAACCGCACAUUGUUAAAGCAAAAACGAAAAAGCAACAAAACACAAGCCGCUAGAAGAAGAGACAGAGAGAGAGAGAGAAAGAGAGAGAGGGAGAGAGAGAGAGGAAUACUAGGUAAAGCUAACGUGUCCUUUCUGUAAUUGUAAAUGUUUAUAUAGAACCUAUUACGAAGCGUUAUAUGAUAAUACUGCAUACAUAUAUAUUUACAUAAAUAUAUAUAUAUAUAAAUAUAAUAUAUUUAGCCACUAUAUUACUGAUUUUUUUUUUGUAAUGUAUUGCUUGUCUUUGUUUAGUGAAUUUGUUUGUUGUUAACACUUAAGCAGAAAAAAAACUAAACAAAAAAAACUGUUUUUUUUUUCUUUUGAUAUAGAAACGCACUUUGUGAGCUAUUAUUUAUGUAAUUGUACAUUUGAUCUAGUUUAGUGUUUAGUUUUUAUCUUAGUUUCUAAAUGUCGUCGAAGAAGCCCGCAAUACAACCAACAUUUAUCCCCCCACCCCAACGUCCGACCCACAGAGCCCCUUAAUUAUAUUUAAUUAUUGUUUACAAAAACAACAACGGAGAAAAUGCGAGAAGCAAAAGGCAAAUAUGCGAAAUGAAAAGCAAAUAAAAUUUGUUCUUAAUUCAUACACAA